AUGGAUGGAGAGCAGAUCCUCAACCUGUCCUCAUGGUACAUCGCCUUACGUUCAGGAAGCAGCUUGUUGGGCAUCACCCAGAAGUGGAUAGCUGCAGCAUUUCAACUCCAUUCUGAGACAAGCCUGAAAGAUACUGGUGAUUGGGAAAUCUUCACUGUGGGCAGUACACAGGGUCAUACAUUGACUUCAGCUGAGAAGGAGUUCAAUAAUCAAAAUGCAGUUACCUAUAUUGAGGUGCAUGUCGACAUCACUCAGGAAGAGUGGGCAUUGAUGGAUCCUUCACAGAAGAAUCUCUACAAAGAUGUGAUGCUGGAGACCUAUAUGAACCUCAUUGCUAUAGGCUACAAUUGGGAAGAUCUUAAAGUUGAAGAACAUUGUCAGAAUUGUCAAAAACAUGGAAGGCAUAAAAGAACACGUACUGGAGAGAAACCCUAUGAAUGUAAUAAGUGUGGUAAAGCCUUUGCUCAUCACAAUGCUCUUCGAUUACAUGAAAGAACACAUACUGGAGAGAAACCCUAUGAAUGUAAACAAUGUGGUAAAACCUUUGCACAGCCCAGUCAUCUUCAAGUACAUAAAAGAACACAUACUGGAGAGAAACCCUAUGAAUGUAAUCAGUGUGGUAAAGCCUUUGCUCAACACAGUGCUCUUCAAUUACAUGAAAGAACACAUACAGGAGAGAAACCCUAUGAAUGUAUACAAUGUGGGAAAGCAUUUGCACAGCCCAGUCAUCUUCAAGUGCAUAAGAGAACAGAUAUUAGAGAGAAACCCUAUGUGCCCCUGCCAGCAGGGUUUCACCAGGGGCCACCCACCUGUGGGAGUGAAUGA